AUUCUGGACUCUCUUCCAUACCUGCAGCUCAAACCCCGACGGGAGAAUCGGGAUGAAGUAAACGUAAAACAACUUUCCUGUCUUUUUUUCCUUCUUCCCUUUUAAGAUCGAUCAUUUCUUGGAUCCACCCAGAACUGCAUCCUUUCAACUCCAACUCUAAAUAAAGUCAGACUGUGUUUUAGUCAUUUAUAAACACCAGAUGGCGGUGAGCUGAAAAUGAUUUGAGACUCUUGGGACGGGACCAGGUGUUUGUUUUUUUUCUUUCGAUAUUAAGUCUUGAAAACUGUAAAGGAUUAUUUUGUGCUUGAUUGUCCUCAAUUUGGACAAAUUUAACUCCAUCAGCCAAGCUUCUGUUAUUUCUCUACCAAUCGCCACCGAGGAGAGAAGAGCGCAGUCUGUGUGCGAGCGGUCAAAGGAAAUCCAAACAAUCUGCUGAAGGAUGAUACUCCAAUAGACGGUCCUAACAGCUGCUGUCAAUAUGUUCAGGCGAGGUUAUGGCGGGGUGGAGUUGCUGCUGGUGCUCUGGGGCCUGGAUCUCUCCAUGCCCUGCCCCCGUCACUGCAUCUGCUACACUUCACCUAGCACUGUUUCCUGUCAGGCCCACAACUUCCAUGCUGUGCCCGAAGGCAUCCCAGCUCAGAGCGAGCGCGUCUUCUUGCAGAACAACAAGAUCCAGCGGUUGCUCCGGGGCCACUUCUCACCCACCACCACCAUGCUCUGGCUCUACUCAAACAACAUCUCCUACAUACAGCCGUCCACAUUCCAUGGCUUCGAGCGACUGGAAGAGCUCGACCUGGGAGACAAUCGCUACCUGAAGGCUGUUGCCUCAGACACUUUCAUGGGCCUGGGUCGGCUACAUGCCCUACAUCUGUACCACUGUGGUUUGAUCAGCCUGCCUCCAGAGAUCUUUUCUGGCCUACAUAAUCUCCAGUAUCUCUACCUACAGGACAACCAAUUAGAGUUCUUAGAAGAUGAUUUAUUCAUCGACCUCCUAAACCUAAGUCAUCUCUUCCUGCAUGGGAAUCGACUUUGGAGUCUUCGCCAGAACACGUUCCGAGGACUGGGGGUUUUGGACCGACUUCUCCUGCACCAAAACCGUAUCCAGUGGGUUGAUCGGCAGGCAUUCCACGACCUUCGUCGACUCACCACUCUCUACCUGUUUAAUAACUCUAUAACUGAGCUGUCAGGUGCCACCCUGAUGCAACUGCCAGCCCUGGAGUACUUGCGUCUUAACGACAACCCCUGGGAAUGUGACUGCAAGGCCCUAUCACUCUGGGACUGGCUUCGUAGGUUUAGGGGCUCUACCUCCACUCUGAUCUGUGUUUCACCACCAGAGCUGGCAGGAAAGGAUAUGAAGUCCAUAAAGAAGGAAGAGCUACCCAGCUGCUUGUCCAAUGAGGGCCAUGGAAGAGGUACCUCAGGAGAGGAGACGGAGCAUGGAGACUCUUUAAACCACCUAAACCGCCACAGAAACCAUCACAACCAUCAUCAGCGGCCUUACCUGCCGCAUGGGGAUCAGUACAGUUUGCCUUCGCCCCCACCUCUACCACGACCACCGAAGGGAAGCCGCAAAAACUGUACCCGCCGGGGACGGAAGGCAAAAGGGGGGCUAAAUGAGGUCCAGAUACUUCAGGAGGGGGGUGAGAAGGACUACUCACCAGAAGGAGGAAAAUACGACAUGUCUGCUUCUUCAAGAAGGAGGAACAAGUGCAUUCCCAGAACUUCUGUCGGUCCGCCAAGUGGAGUUCAGAGAGCUAAUAAUAACACAGGGGCCCACUCGGCAGUGUGCAUUCCCUGUUUGUCAUCAGCUCUUCUUCUGUCAGUCUAUUUUGUGUUUAUGCGCUGAAACAGGACCCGCACGCUUAUGUGCUUAUGAUGCAACCUUAUGAGUAAUUCUCCUAUUAAAAAAAUCACCCUGUCAUGGCUAUUUAAGGAGACAUGUUGGAUGACGAAGUGCACACUUGACAUUCCAGUGAGAACAUCAUGGAGUGUUCCUGUGGGAAAAAUGCAGGAAUCAUUAUAAGUCCAACAAAGAAAGAUGGGGAGAACAAUUCAACCUACUGUUUUGAUGAUGUCAGCAUUGAAAUAACAGGGAAACUACUGUCUCUUUGGCAUCAGUCUCUUCAUCAAAUUUAUGUACUAAUGAAAAUUGUACAGCCUCAUCAAAUAAUGAAUCAAUCAUUAAUUAGAAUAACAGUGAUAUUGCAAAGGAAAAAUCAAAACAGUUAACCCUCUUGAAUAUAUAGUGCAAUCACAGUACAGCCUCGAUGUGCCACUCACAAUAGGACAAAGACAGUAAUUUAAAGCUGUCUCUUUGCUAACUCAACAGCACCUAAGACCAAGAAACACACUACUGAAGACAUUGGUUGCAAGAAAAUGACACAUUGUGAAGAGUUUCAAGACUAAUAGCUGUAAUCACUAUCAAUCCGCUGGGAAAAUUGGCUCUGCUCCCACAUCUCACUCUAGUUUUAAUGCACAUCUGUACAAUUUGGCAUCUAAAUAAUACAGCUGAAAUUGUCACAAAACAAUAUAGCUGUCAAUUCAUCAAACAAGUUCAGUUGAAAGCUAUCAUUUGUCCUCAACUUUGCAUAGCAAGUUAAAAGCCAAUCCAAGCCAACACAUUUUUCGAAAAUUCAACAGGUCUCAUUUAUCAUCCUAGAGUGAGUGAAUAUUUCUGAGAAACUGUUGUAUGUAAAGUGGACACUUUACUGUAACUGUAAAGUGGCAAAAUAGGGAAAGAAAAUGCUCUAAAGCCAUUCGGGUAGAAUAAAGCUAGAUAACAAGAGUGCCUAAUGGGAGCAAGAUAUUAAUAACAGCAACAUCUGGAGACAAGAGGUAAUGUCAUUCGCUCUACAACUUCCCUUGCCUGACCACCUUUCUGGGGCCAAGAGACGACUGAGGAUUAAACCCAGGUCAUAGCAAUCCUAAUUCACUGAAACUUCUUUCUUUGAUGAUGUGGAGAAAAUUUGAAAGCACUAUUCAGUCUUAACAGCCACAAGAAAGAGAUUGUGUAUCAAAGGUCUGAUCAGCCUCUAUUGAGUAAAAAGGAAGGUCAGAGUCUGAGAAAUACUGUAUGAAGGUGUUAAUGGACUUCUCCUUUCUUGUGUGUUAACAAGGACUUGUUGAUCUGCAAGCCUAUUUGAAGAGUUGGAUUUUUAUCUCUGCUUGGUCUGAAAAUCACCAUGACCUGUUAGGGGCUAUAGGCUCCUCUUCAAGAAAUAACCAAUGACAGAUAGGACUGUGGGACACAGCACAUUCUUUGAAGACAGAUUAAGCAUGGCCUUUUUCUUCCUCAAAAUGAUAAAAGAUCAAGCACCUUCACUGCUUACUGCAAACUUCCCACUCAAGUUUGUUCAGAGUGAGCCAAGAACAAGCGGCUCUUACUCGGUUUUUGCUUUAGACAAUUUUUUUUUUUUUUGCACAACUCAAGUCACAAUUGCUCAAAGGCAAGAGGUGGAGACCAAAUUUUAGACAAACUGUUUAAUUAUUCCCUGCAGUGCAACAGAGUACUGAGCUCUUUAUUUAAACUGUUCCUCAUAAGUAGAGAUGCACAGAGAAACUGACUGGUGAGAGGAGGUGGAAAGUUACAGCUUGGUUGAUCCUAAUUGGGAACCAAUCAGUUGGAAUUUCCGAAAAGAAAGACAAUCUAUUUAGAUUGAGCAACACGUGUUACACCUUUAUGGAUCCUUGGCUUUUACAAGGAUCCAUAUAAUUGCAAAAGUCUCUUCUGAGAUUGUCUGCCCUAAAUAUUCACUUGAUUUUAAUUUUAUUCCAGUGGUGAGCUUUUCCAGUUUGAGUUGUUAUAAGUAACUACAUUCAGAUAAGCACUUUACUUAGCCUUACACAAGUCUCAGAUUUAAUUCAUUUUUCAUAAACUCACAGCGACACACCACAGUGUUUAAUUAAGCAAAUUUAUUAGGUUUAAUAUCCGCUUACAAACUGUUGCAUUAAAAAAAUAUGAACAUGUUCUGUUAAAGUGUUCCAGUUUUCUACUCAAUCACUUUGAAAUAACACCUGUUUACUUUAUGUAAACAAAUAAAAAUCCAAAGUAUGACUUUAACAUAUAAUCCACAUUGAUUUUCUAAGGUUUGACAUGCUAACCAUACCAGCUGCUAAUAUAAAAUGCUUAUCGGUCAAAAAUGUGAAAUCUAAUAUCAUUUUUUUUUUUUUUUUCUUAAAAAAAAAUUGCAAACCGUCUUAAAAAGCUCUGCCAUAAAUGCAGUGAGACAGUCCCUCUUCUCUGGAUACAUUUAAUUCUUUCUCAACUCAAAGCAGGAAGGUGAGAAAAAUAUUUUAAAGGCUUUUUUUCUGCUGAAAUGGGAACUGGCAAAAAUUGUGUUGGCAUGGCUUUUUCAAAGCAGAUGACAGACUGACCACAAAAUUCUGAUUGCUGCAUCUCUACUUAUGACCAAACAACAGCAAAGCUAAAACAUUUUAAUCAUGAUAGGCUGCUAAAAAAAAGCACAAUAAAAUUGUGGUCCAGUUUGCAGGCUACCUAAAACAAACUGGUUUGUCGGGAACCCAAGGACAAGGGACCAUAUUUGUACCCUGCCUGCGUUUGUUUCCAACAGAACCUCACCUUUUUGUGUCUAUCUAUCUCGAUGUCGAGAACAUUCGGCGGCCUGUCAGUAUAGUGUCACUGUCCUGACAAAUAGGAUUAUAGGUCCCUAUACCAGUGAACUUUGUCUGUGCUGCUGUGAACCAAGAGGUGAUGUAAAUUGUGUCUGUUUAUUCCUGUGAGGAUAACUUUUGUAAAAAAAAAAAAAAAAAAAAGUGGAAAGACGAGACACUGCUGUCUCUCUUUUUUCCAUAAAAAAAUAUAAAUACAAAGAGCUGAAAGCUGGAACUUUGUUAUUUUUUUUAAUAUUCCUAUAAUAGUUUUUUGGCUUCCUUUUUUAUUUGUUUUGCUGAGUCACUCAUGAUAAACAGCUCACUGCUCUGUUUUACGUGCUUCUUCUCUUUUUGUCUUUCUUCACUUUCCAUUUGUCAUCCUCUCUUCUCCAUCUUGCCUGCUUUGGUUUUUCUUUCUCCUCUCCUCUUCUUUUGCAGCUAUUUUCUCAUUUCAAUAAUCACACACACACCCACACACACACAUGUGUAUUAUUUUCCUCUCUUCCUUUGUGGUGCCCAAAUGUUUUCUAUGUGGUUAUCAAACAAUGCCAGACUGA